AUGACUAUUAAAUCCCCCUCCGCCAACGCCUUCGUCACCGCGGCACGCAAGGUGUACCAUCCCGUUGGAUUCACGAAAGGUACCCUCGCCCUCGACACAAGUUGUACCACGGGGGAGGAUGCAAAUCAACCUCUCGACUGUUAUUACUACUCCGAAGGCUCCAUCGACAGGAUUGGUAUUCUCCUGCACCUUGCUACCAUCCUCCCUGCGGCAAUCCUCACUUGCCUCCAGUUUGUGCCCGUCAUUCGCCGCACCUUCGUUCUCUUUCAUCGCAUCAAUGGGUACCUUAUCAUCAUCCUGAGCCUGGUGUCAACCGCCGGUGCCAUCAUGCUUGCACGAAACGCAGUUGGCGGUUGGAUGGAUGUUCAGAUGGGCGUCGGGACCAUGUCCAUCGCCUUCGUAUCCUCACUCGCGCUCGCCUUGUACAAUGUCAAGCGCCUCCAAAUCGAACAGCACAGGGCAUGGAUGCUGAGGGCUUGGUUUUAUGCUGGUUCCAUCAUCACAAUGCGGCUCAUCCUCGUCAUUUCUACAACCAUCAUCAGCAGUGACGGAUAUAUGGUCCCUAUGACUUGUGACAGGGUUUUCACCCUCACAGGUUCGCAAAACAGGACCCUCCAACAGCACCCCGAGUGUGGAACGUACUUUUCUGGGCAGGAACCUAACAAGGUUGUCCUCGUGUCCGCGACGAUGAACGGGAACGGGAGUAAUGCGACGGCCGUGUUGAGCCUUGGUUUUGGCGCUGCAUUUUGGCUUGCGUUUACCCUGCAUGCAGUUGGGGUUGAGAUAUAUCUACGUCUUACCCCGGCCGAAGCAAACCGUUUGCGGAAUGUAUCGUAUCAACGACAACUCGAGGCUGGUAUGAAGAAUCCUGGUCGAGCUGGUCUUACUGCCGACAGCAUUGGCGACGCGGCCCGGUGGGAACCCCAGGAUCAGCAGCACCCAGCCCACUCAACCGAGAGCAUCGAAGGCGCGAAAUAAAAAGUUGCCAACUCCUGCUAUCUGAGGAAGUUGCUUGGUUUGGGCGGGAAUGGAGAUGGGAAAUUAGCAGAUUGAGAAUGGGGUUCGGAA